CUUCAAAGAGGCAGCUGCAGUGGAGAAUCAUGUUAAGCUCGGCUACUGCGGAGAGCCCAAGGUAGCCCAAUGAUGGAUUUUGAUGAGCGUGGUCCCUGCUCCUCUAACAUGUAUUUGCCAAGUUGUACUUACUACGUCUCGGGUCCAGACUUCUCCAGCCUCCCUUCUUUUCUGCCCCAGACCCCGUCUUCGCGCCCAAUGACAUAUUCGUACUCUUCCAACCUGCCCCAGGUCCAACCCGUGCGCGAAGUGACCUUCAGAGAGUACGCCAUUGAGCCCGCCACUAAAUGGCACCCCCGCGGCAAUCUGGCCCACUGCUACUCCGCGGAUGAGCUGGUGCACAGAGACUGCCUGCAGGCGCCCAGCGCGGCCGGCGUGCCUGGCGACGUGCUGGCCAAGAGCUCGGCCAACGUCUACCACCACCCCACCCCCGCCGUCUCGUCCAAUUUCUAUAGCACCGUGGGCAGGAACGGCGUCCUGCCACAGGCUUUCGACCAGUUUUUCGAGACGGCUUACGGCACCCCGGAAAACCUCGCCUCCUCCGACUACCCCGGGGACAAGAGUGCCGAGAAGGGGCCCCCGGCGGCCACGGCGACCUCCGCGGCGGCAGCGGCGGCGGCGGCGGCCACCGGCGCGCCGACAACUUCAAGUUCGGACAGCGGCGGCGGCGGCUGCCGGGAGGCGGCGGCGGCGGAGGAGAAAGAGCGGCGGCGGCGCCCGGAGAGCAGCAGCAGCCCCGAGUCGUCUUCCGGCCACACUGAAGACAAGGCCGGCGGCUCCAGUGGCCAACGCACCCGCAAAAAGCGCUGCCCCUAUACCAAGUACCAGAUCCGAGAGCUGGAGCGGGAGUUCUUCUUCAGUGUCUAUAUCAACAAAGAGAAGCGACUACAACUGUCCCGCAUGCUCAACCUCACAGAUCGUCAAGUUAAAAUCUGGUUUCAGAACAGAAGGAUGAAGGAAAAAAAAAUUAACAGAGACCGUUUACAGUACUAUUCAGCUAAUCCACUCCUCUAAGGCUCCAGCUGAUUGGAUUUGGGUGGGGGGCUUCAUACACAUGAGAUGAUAUGCAGAUUUUGCCCUUGACAAGGUCAAGCCACAUGGUGACUUUUGAAAAAAGGUAUGCAAGGGAGAGGAGGCUAUGUGGAGAUAGCCCCACAGGAGUCUGCCUGGAACUCUCUUGUUUAAGAUCUCAGUGGUUGUUUCCUAAUAACAAUUGGAUUCUAAGAGUUGCAUCAACUAAAAUAAAAGGUUUGGGACCCCUGGUGGUUCACUCUUGGAGCCAGCAGAGAUUCAGGCUGGGUGUGGUCUCUACCCUGGACUGGGCCCCCUGCCAGAUCCCCUGGAGGCCACCCUCCCCAGUGGGAGGCUGCCCACCCCCGGGACCCCUGAGUCAAGAAGCUGUGCAUUCUCCAAGCCUAGUUCAACUUGGGGACAGGGGUAGUAGGAAGGGGGAGGCUUCCUAGAUGCCCGGAAUGAGGCUGCUUUCCAAAGCCAAUGUGAAAGGCGACUGGACUAAGAGGUGGCUUUGAGUGGGAGAGGGCUGCAAAUCCUUAUGGGAAGAGAAAUCUAUUCCAGGUGGCGUUAGUGUCCGUCCACUCCUCUUAGCCACCCACUGCACUAUCUCAGGCCUAAGUUCCCAGUUGCUAACUCCUGCAGCCCACCUGGCCUUUCUUUCUAUCAAACAGUGGUGGUGGUGGGAUGUCCUUCAUCCCAGCCUACAACUCAUGCCCAAAGCCUGAUUGCAUAGUGGACUGUUCCCUGAGGUGGAAGACAUCCAUCGAAAAACCAAAAGAACUCUGGCUCUGAAGAUCUCUGCAGGAAAUGCCUGGGGUGGGGGUGCAGCAGUUUGACAAAAUCGCCACCAUAGUUAAUGAAGCUUGGAUUUGCUUGGUGUCCAGCAUGGGAGCAGUGGGCCUGGCCAGCAGGUCUCCAGCUAUAGCUAUGAGGGGCUUGAGUUUCCCUAAACACCUGGUUCCGGUGCCAGACUAUACCCUCAUUUGCUCCAGAACUGAACUUGGAAGCUUCUGGAGACCUUCCAAGGGCCUGAGAGUGAUGUGGAAUUAUUUUAAAAGAUAAAUGUUAUAUUAUAUAUAUAUAUAUUUCCCUGAAGGAACCAAAGCGAAUUUUAAAGAUGCAAUGUAGAGGGAAAAAAAGAUGAUGAAAAUAUUUAAAGGCUCUAUCUGUUUACAGUGUUCCAUGGUUAAACUCGCUCACUGCUAAGAAUAUUUGAAUGUACGCUUCAUACAGGGAUGGUGUUCAAAAGACUUGUAAAUAAAGGAACCAUAA